UUUAAAUAAUUUUAAACUGGUUUCAAUGUAGUGUAGUAGGUAUUCCUAGUUCAAGGCGACGCGCGACGACUCACUAGUAUUUGACGUUCUGUACAAGUGAAAAUAUUGGUGUACCGUUAUCAGCAAAAGAAGAUGGCAAAAACUGUACCAUGUGGAUCACUUAAUAUGCCAACGGUGGGACUAGGUACAUGGCAAGCUACCGAUGAAGCAGAGUUGGAGGAAGCGUUAAACGUGGCAUUGCAGAUUGGUUACCGUCAUAUUGAUACAGAAGCUGCAUUCGAAAACGAACACGUAAUCGGCAAAGUUUUAGACCAAUGGAUUUCCGCUGGAAAAUUGAAAAGAGAAGAUCUUUUCAUUGUGACCAAACUUCCAAUGCGUGGAAUACAUCGAGACCGAGUUGAAAAAUAUUUGACUGAGUCUUUGAAAAAACUGGGAUUAGACUAUGUAGAUUUGUAUUUGAUCCACUUUCCAGUUGGUAUUGCAGAAACUGAAGGAAGUAUAGUAUAUGAAAAGGAAGACCAUGUGGAAAUAUGGAAGAGUAUGGAGAAACAAGUCGAAGCUGGAAGAACAAAAACUAUUGGGUUAUCCAAUUUCACAGUUAGCCAAAUCGACAAUAUUUUGAAGAACUCUAAAAUUAAACCAUCCAACAACCAAGUCGAAUUACAUGUUUUUCUGCAACAACCAGAACUGGUACAGUUUUGCCAGAAAAAUGGUAUUUCUGUAACAGCCUGUUCACCACUUGGAAGUCCUGGAAUGAACACAUUUUUGAAGAAAUUGGGUAUAAAGGAGAAAACUUUGGUCAAGGUAUUAGACAACCCUGUUAUCUUGGAUAUAGCCAAAAAACACAACAAAAAAAGUGCCCAGGUUGCUUUACGGUUCCUGUUGCAGCAAAAUAUCGUCGUUAUUCCAAAAAGCGUCAAUCCUGAACGAUUAAAAAGUAAUUUUGAUAUUUUCAACUUUUAUUUAGACGAUGAAGAUAUGACAAGACUUAGAGGGCUAGAAGUUGGAGAAGAUGCUCGUAUGGGAGAUUGGAAAAUAUUACCAGGGUUAGCAGAACAACCAGCCUAUCCAUUCAGAAGAAACUAACAAUUACGAUGCCAUCAAUGGUACCUAUUCUUAUUUAUUACAACAUAAUAUUAUAUUUUAUCAUUCACAUUAUUUGUAAUAUACUCUUAUAAAAAUGUAGUGCAUUAUACGUUACUAACAUUA